CCCAUCCUCACCACUUCACCUCUUCAUAUCUCUCCUCUAGCAGACACAUUGGCAGAUUCAGAUGCUCCCAGAAGUAUCGCUGCUGCUGCCGUCGCCUCGACUGAUCCCAUGACGCGGCCUCGCCUGCUGGCCCUCUACCCCUUCACUCUCCUCCUGAUUCUUCUGACACGGUGUGCGGCCUCCUCCCCACUAAACCUCAACGACGACUUCACCGAAUCCCUACAUCUGCGGCCUCUUCCCCUCGGUCGAGUCCAGUCUACCUUCACCUUCACCCUCUCCUCCCAAGUAGAUCCCUUCUCGCCGGAAUCGGAGGAUGGCGUCUCCUUCCACCUCCUCCCGCCUUCCCUCCUCACUCUACUGCACUUCUCACCUCUGCAUGUCAAGGAGCUCCACCUCGCCUUCAACAAGGGAAGAUGGAAUCAUGCAAGGUGGGGGAUGCCCACUUUCCUUGAGCAGGGGCACGAGUGGGGAAGUAGAGCCGUUGCAAGUGGAGUCGAGGCAUGGGUGAGAUAUACUGCUCCUCCCACAUGGGCAGCAAGCGCUGCGCUCAAUGCCUCGACCGUGGAGUCACGGAGAGCCCGACAAGUACAAGAUGGUAAAGAUACCUUCCACGAUCUCCUGGCUUCCCUCGCAGGCCACUUCUGCUCUACACUAUCUGCCUCGGGAUCAAAAGAAGCCAUCACCUCGCCCCUGAGUCUCUCCCGAUCCCUCUACGACUCUAGUCGCGGUAGAGGAAACGGAGACAGCAGAAAUGACGACCUGCUCUACACGCUCUCCAUCCCUGAGACACCCUGCACCGAAGUCCUCUACAGAAUGUUGACGCUGCUCCCCUGUCGUGCGAAUGCAGGUCUGGCAUCGCUGCUUGCACCGCACAAAUGGUUGGAACAGGAGUGGCAUGGAGUAGAGUUGGUGGUCAGGAGGACUGGCGUGGGUCAGAGGGGGUGGGAGGUGGAGAUGAGGGUGGGAAGUGUCUGGAAUGGUGUGGUUCAGAAUGGCAAGAGAGACUUUUCCAUGAACGCCAUGUUCGGCAGGCCACUGGCGACGGCUUGUCCACUGGCAAAGGAGAGCUUUGUUAGUCUCUUGGCGCCUCCGAAAGAGGAUGUUUCGCUUCAAGAAGGACUAUCGCCGACGUACGAAGUGCAACCUGCUCUCUUGGCGCACGCCAAUGACGCCGAUGAAGAUGUGCAAGACGAGGAGGACGAAGAUGAUGGCAGCAUACCGCCACCUGCUCUCUCCGACUCUUCUCUCGGCAUAGCAAAUGCUCUGAGUCGUGAGGGCUCUCUGCGCUAUCUCACCACAUCUGCCGCCCUCCCCGCAUACGUUCACCCACCACAGGGCGGCCGCGCCUCUGGGCUGGACGUCUCCCUCAGCUGGCCCGACGAAGGUUACUACAACUACUCUUCCUCCCCAGCAGUGCAAGAUCACACUCUGCACGUCUCUCGGUCGUACGUCUCUUCCUCUCUCACUCACUCUACCUUCUCACUACGGAUACGCAACGAUCGACCUGACACCUCACGGCGGGUGGUAUAUCGCGAGACGCUCCCAUGGUGGCUACUCCCCUCGCUCCCCUCUGCGCAGCUAAGUAUUGUACCCCUACCCCUCGCCUCGGAUCCUGCAAGUCCCUUCAUCAGAUUCGAAAGCGACUUUACCUCGCCCUCCAAAUCCCUCCUGCACCUGCACUUUACGCCCUCUAUCCCGCGCGUGAGGGCAGGAGUGUUGGAAAUGGAGUUACGCAUCCCAGCAGGGAGUGAGUUGAGUUGGGAGAUGAGCGUAGGGAGAGAGGUUAUCAGGUAUGAGGAACACAACCCUGAUGCGCAUAGGGGGUUGGAGACGGGAGCGGGCACGGCUUGGGAAGUGGUGGAUGAUGAGGACGACAAUGAGAAGGAGAUGGAGGAUCGUGUGGAGGGGGAAAAGAGUGGAGAGCGAGGGGAGACUUUCAAGAGGAGAAGGGUAAGGUUGACAGAAGGAGGACAGAGGAGCAUCUUCAAGACUGAAGUGGGACUAGUAGAGCUGGCCGUACCCGAUUUCAGCAUGCCGUACAGCUCCGCCGUCAACCUCCUCACGAGGAGCUUUAGAGACGUACCUGUACCCCCUGCGACGGCGGUGGGGAUGGCGGCGUCCUUUGCGAAGAGGAAGAAGAAGAUGUAGAGGUGGAGAGGUAAUGAUCACAAAAGGAUUGAAGUUUGUAGAUGCGAUGACUCGCGGGAGGUGUGAAAUGCAAUCGAUUCACAUCGACAAGGACGAAAUUGCCCCGUGCGGAGUGCAUCGCUGUAGACUACACUUUAUUAAGAACGUCCAUCGUCCUUCCUUCCUCGGGAAGCAAAAGAUCAUAGCGCCAUCUCCUCCCUUGUCCCUCCUGUCCCUACUCUUGUUCCUCCUCCAGUCAACAGGCCAUGGAAA